AUGUCGAGUGAUGAUAAAAAUAAACCUAGUGAUCCCAAGACUGAGCCCAAGAACUGUGACCCCAAAUGUGAACAAAAGUGUGAGACCAAAUGCCAGCCUAGCUGUUUAAAGAAGCUGCUGCAACGGUGCUCCGAAAAGUGCCCAAGGGAAAAGUGCCCACCACCACCGAAGUGCCCUCCAUGCCCCCCACCAUGCCCCCGGCCAUGCCCUCCGUGCCCUCCGCCAUGCCCUCCCAAGCACUGUGUCAAGCCCUGUCCUCCCAAAUGCCCACCCCCGGAGUGA